AUGACUAGCCAAGUGCCUGAAGCCCCUGGGCUGACUCUGCCGCCGGCUCCCACGCCAGCAUGGGAAGUCAUGGAAAGCCUUCAACAAGCUCAAGCGGACCAAAACGAGACGCAGGAUGGGCAAACCGACGAUGACGCUGACGAUCCCGGAUUUGAUGAUCACAGCGAUUCUGAUCUUGACUCUGCUUUAGGUUCCAACCUGGCAGAUUCUACCCACUCACUGAACUCCAGCAUCUUUGAGUAUAGGACGCUUCAUGGCCGAACUUAUCACUCUGACAUGGGGACUGCCCAGUACUGGGCUUCCAAUGAUGACCAAGCAAGUGAGUCAUUAGACAUUGCUCAUCAUUUUACACUUUUACUACUGGACGAUAAGCUUCACCUGACGCCUCUCAGUCCAAAUAUCCAGCGCGUUUUGGAUAUCGGAACAGGGACUGCAAUUUGGGCUAUCGACUUUGCCGACGAACAUCCAAAUGUCGAGGUUGUGGGUACCGAGAUUAGUCCCAUCCAGCCCAGCUGGAUUCCUUCGAACCUGCAACUAGAAAUCGAAGACUGCAACGACGCCUGGACUUUUCGCCCUGACAGCUUUGACUUUAUCCAUAUGCGCUUCAUGUUGGGUAGUAUCACUGAUUGGCAGGCUGUUUUCAAGAGAGCCUUCACUGCGUGCGCUCCUGGUGGAUGGGUCGAGAGCUACGAGGUUUCUUCCACCAUGGAAAGUGAUGAUGAUUCUAUCCCAGAUGGAAGUGCGAUGCAACGAUGGGGUCAAGUCUUUGAAGAAGGUGGUCAGCGUGCUGGCAGAAGCUUUGCAAUCAUCAAGGAAGAUGUACAGAAGAGCUCCCUGGAGGCAGCAGGAUUUGUGAACAUUCACGUUGAAGACCUCAAGGCGCCUGUUGGAGGUUGGCACCCAGAGCCUCGACUUGGACAAGUCGGUCAGUAUAUGCAAGCAGCCCUAGAAAGAGACUAUGAGGGCUACAUGCUUUUCCUAGCUUGCGAACUUCUGGGUUGGACUGAGGAUGAGGUGAGAGUGCUUUGUACGCAGCUUCGCCAGGAGAUCAGAUCCGGACAACACCAUCCUUACUUCAGACAGAGGAUUGUGUAUGGGCAGAAGCCUCAAGUAUAA